UUGAUGACGAGCAUUGCUGUGAAGGUGUUCAGUCGAAAGGAAGCUCAGAAAGCUGUUAACGUAAAGUGCGAGAGCGAUGCCGAAAUCGGUCAUGUGCGUGAACUUAUCGCCGGCACCUUCCAUACAGAAAAGGACGAUGUGUGCAUAUACCUUUGUGGUUUGCCCCUCAGCGACGACCAAUGCCUAAGCAGCCUGAACAUCGGACCUGCAACUUGUUUGAGUGCAGUUCUUGGCAGAACAUCACGAAGUGACAGUGGCGAAGUAGCAUGGAGAGGAAGACAACCGGAAAGUCGCGAAUUUCAGUCGUCUUUUUAUGUCUACUGCAAAUUGACUUGUGGGAGUCUGCGGAAUGGUAUUCUAAGGGUGCGCUGUUGCGUGUGCAAGUCCAAUUCCGUAGUCGUGAACUCAGAACCGGGUUGUUGGGAAGACCUUAGUCGAAACACCAUCACUUGCACAUGUCUGCAAAAUGGCUGUGAACGAAGCUUUGCGGAAUUUUAUUUCAAAUGCAGUGUUUGCCACAACACCGAAGGCGUUUCUGCCCUCCGUGACGUGAAGCGCAAUUCAUUUAGUGUACCAUGUCUUGCCUGCUUUGAGAUCGCUGAAUGUGUCAUCGUGUUUCCAUGUUCAGCAGACCACGUGUUGUGCAUUGACUGCUUCAAAGGUUAUGUCAGCGCAAAUAUUGAGCAAAGGACCCUGUGCCUUCACAGGCUAUAUGGCUGCACGGUGCCGUGUGCCAAGGGCUGCAAAAAUUCAUUCAUAUCUGAUCCGCACCACUUUCAUCUUUGUGGAAAUAAAUUGUAUGAAAAGUAUCUGCUGCAAAGCAGUGAAAAGUUUUUUGUCAACGAAGGUGGCGUCUAUUGCCCAAACCCUUUUUGUUCUCUUGCAGAAACAGAAAACGACGAUUUUUACGAUGGUAGCAUCGAGAAGGCCAACGCCGACCUCAUACAAAGAAUAAGUAAGCCGUGUCCGAAGUGUAAGACUCCGAUUGAGAAGACCGGUGGAUGUAACCAUAUUACUUGCAUAUGCAGCUUCAGCUGGUGUUGGUUUUGCGACGACGCGUGGACGGAAAAGUGCCAGUGGAACCACUGGUUCGAGUAG